CCGAUCCAACCCGCAUCAGGCUCAAGUCGCUUCCACACGACGCGGCUGCACGACGCGACUGGAUCCAUGAUGCGGAAUAAAGUCACGCUUGCGAUGGAAGCUGGAAAAAUGCGCGACGCAGCUGCGCAUGGCCACGAGGAUCAGCCGCAUCGGCACGUGGGUGUGAAUAAGUUUGAGCGCAAGCUCAAGUGGUUGUCUAAAGAAGAGCACUACCGAGUCCGCAUCAGUCGGUGGUUGGACAAUGGGGUCCUUGGCUUGGUCUUGGACAUCUUGCAAGCCGUCGUGUCCAUGGUUUUUGCCGCUUGCUACGUCAUCAAUUCGUAUUCGCCCGGUCCAGGGGUGCCGGACGAUGUGUGGACGGUCGAAAUUUGUUGCGCGCUGUUCUUCUUGACCGACCUCGUUUCGCGGGGAAUCCUCCUCGCCGAGUCGUUCAAGUCGAUGCUGUGCUGGAACACGUUUAUCAACUUUAUGGUCAUUUUCCCCGUGUACCCCGCCGCGAUGUUUGUGCCGACGCAUUCGUUUUGGCAUGGCGGCGGGUACCUGCGUUUGAUUUACCCGUUUCGGUUCCUCAAGUGCUCGAUGGAGAUCCGCGCGGUGCUCCACCGUGGACGAUCGUUCAUGUCGCCCGUCAUGUUGUUCGGGUUGAUGGCGUAUUUUAAGUUUAUGUCAGUGAUCUUUGUCGCUGCCGGUGUCAUUCAGAUUACAGAAACAUCGUACGAUGCCGGGACGGACGUGACGAAUGACGGCGACUGGACCUUUUUCAACUCGCUUUUCAAGUCGAUCCUGACAUUUGUGUAUGUCGACUACCCGCCUGCCGAGAACCCCAUCUCGAAAGUCAUUGUCGGGACGUUGCUCGUGUUUCUGCUCAUUAUCAUUCCGUACGAGCUCUCCAAGCUCUUCGACAUCAACUCGCUCUACUCGUCGUACGAGCACGACGCAUACCAUCCAUCCCAUCACUCGAAGCACAUUGUCAUUUGCGGGGAUUUGACUCCUCAACGCAUUGAACAGUGCUUUUGGGAAAUCUUUCACGACGACCACGAUUUGGUCGAUAUUCGAGUGGUUGCCAUGUGCGAUGAAGCCCCGCCGUCUUCUAUGGUGGCUCUCCUCAUGGACCCGUUCUUCGCCAAGCGCGCUGUGUACAUUCAAGGCUCUGUCUUGGAUGCCGAUGCCGCGACCCGUGCUGCAUGUGACUCGGCCGCUGCCAUUUUCGUUUUGACGCGGAAAACGGGGCACGAAGACGUGAAUGUGUCGGACCACCGAACGAUCAUGCGCGCGAUUGAAGUCCGUCAGGUGUCCCCCGCCGCGUCGAUAUUCGUGCAGAUCCACUUGUCGACGAACCGCCACUUGCUGGAAGCGUCGGGCAUUUCAAACGUGCUGUGUAUCAGUGAAGUGAUGCACUCGCUACUGGCGCAAAAUUGUUUUUGUCCUGGUUUUUCCACCCUCAUGUUCAACCUCACGGCGGCGCUGAGUGACGUCCAAGUCGAUCACACGUGGGAGUCGCGAUUCCUUCAUGGCGCGUCGCACGAGUUGUACUCUGUGACGCUACCACCCGCCAACGUGGUGGAUGGCCUCACGUUUGCAGAAGUUGCGGUCAUGGUGCAUGCGCAAUGCCAGAGCGCGAUCUUGAUUGCCAUACGUGUGCCUGUUCCUGAAGACGAUGCAUGCGAGAGUUCGAGCAGCGUCAUUAUUCUCAACCCAGGCAACUCGUACGUGUGCCAUGGAAAUGAAACGGGAUACGUGAUUGCUCGAGAUCGCAAGCAGGCCGACAUGGUCUACGGCAUGGCGAAAGACUCGAAUUGGGGCUCGUCGCAUGCCCAGACUGUGUCGUCAACGUCGAGCGACCCCAUGCUGCCGAAAGCAUCCCUGCAAAGCACACAGCUCACGCCCGACAAAGUCUUGUCCCCCACGGCUGCCGCCCUCAACAAGGACAAAGUGAAGCACUUGUCCAACCCCAACAUCAAACGAGGUCCAGGUCCGCGAAAGAAGCGGACGGCACGGACGAUCAUGUGGGCCGCCGCCAAGCUCCAGGAAACGUCCGAGCGAAACAAGAACCGAAGAAUGGAAGACUUUGUCGUCGACGACGUUCCCAAGCUCAACUUUCCCCUGAAGCCUAUCGUGGUCGUGUCGCUCGGGUCUGUCUUUCCAGAAAACCUAGAGUUCUUCAUCGCCCCGCUGCGCGCGCCGACGGUCAAAGACCACCACCCCAUCGUCCUCAUGUCGACCGAGCUGCCGUCGGAGGAAGUGUUUGCCCAUAUUCGAUCGUUUCCCGACGUGUUUUUGGUCAAAGGCGAACCGACUCGGUUGGGGUCGUUGAAGCGGGCAGGCAUUGAAAUCGCCUUCAAGGUCGUGUUGCUGUGCAGUGAAGAAGACUUUGGCACGGCGUCGAAUCAACUUCUGGCAGACGCGACGUCCAUUGCGGUGCACAAAAGCAUCACGUCGUUGCUGGGUCCUCGAAAAGCGCCCUUGGUUGUCACCAAGCUCGUGAACAGGUCGAACGUGAACUUUAUUUCGCACAACCUCAAGCAGAGCGGUUGGUUCAGCCAGCAACGUCCUGCCGCUUCCACAUCGGAUACAAUCAAGUUUUUGUGCUCGCCGUCGUUUGCGUCUGGGCUUACGUACUCGACGGAACUGUGCGACAAUUUGAUCAUCAACCACUUUUUCAACCCCAUGAUCAAAGAUAUUGUGCGAGAACUUGUGUUUUCACCCUUGCGCGAGAGCAAACUGUACCCCGGCAAGUCCAAGUUUUCGGCAUUUGAGCGCAACUUUGCUGCGUCGGGGCUCCAGCGCAGUUCGUUAUUCACGUGUGAAUUGCCGCUGGAUUUCGUGGGCAAAACGUUUGCGUACUGUUUCGAAUACUUGUUGCUCAGUGACGCGAUCUUGACGCUCGGGGUCUAUCGGUGCCUCCCGCCGGAUCUGGUCCCAGAAGUGUCGUCGUCCCCGCUGUCUCCAUCCAAGUCCAAGGCCCGGAUCGAACGAAAUGAGACCGAUCGUGCGGUUCCCUUUGGCUACGUCUAUCUAAACCCUCUUGCCUCCGAGAUCAUGACUGGUAACGACCUGCUGUACGUACUCAGCCACAAGCAACCGUGCUGGGCCUAACGAUCGAGUCGAUCGCCAUUUUGAUUUCGCUCCCAGACAACGAGAAUUUCAUCCUUCAUCCGAGUUUGCUUUGCCAGGACGCGUCCGCUUCAGGUCUUUGCUUGCGUUGGCCGACAUGAUUUGCAUUGCCGCGGCCUUGUCGGGCAAUUCAGCUUUGUAAUUGCAGCACUGCACCGUCCCAGCAUGGCCUGUUUGAUGUCGUUGGCCGCCCCACCAACGGCACUUGCAGCAGAGCUUUCCAUGUGCGUGCGACGUCAUGCAACACGACAGGAUAUCACAUCUCGAUGCAAACUACGUGCGAGCCAUGACGUAGGUCCUAUGCCCUCGCCAUCGUCCAAGCAUGACCGGUACUUGAGUGCACAAGUUUCUCAAUCCUGUAGCCUUACGG